CCCGAUAGAGCCACCAUCGUCUCCGACACCAUUGACUACAUCAAAGAACUACUAAGAACUGUAGAUGAGCUUAAAGUACUUCUUGAGAGGAAACGAAGCAAGAAUGCCAAAACCAUUAAACUCGAAAUAGAGAACGAGUUUCAUGGCGACAUGGAAAGCUCCUCUAUGAAAUCAAUCAUAGACGAAAGUGAUCAUGGUAUAAAUGGAAGCAUGAGGAGCUCAUGGAUUCAAAGGAGAUCAAAAUCAACAUUUAUUGACGUCAGAAUUAUCGAAGAUGAGGUCUAUAUCAAGCUUGAGCUGCGUAAGCGGGUUGACUGCUCUUUAAUAGUGUCCCGGGUUCUAGAUGAGUUACAACUUGAGCUGUUGCACUUGUCUUGUGGAAACAUAGGAGAUUGCCAUAUUUUCAUGAUCAGUGCUAAGGCAAGUUAUGAUGGCUCUCCGGUGUAUGCGAGUUCCGUGGCUAAGAGGUUUAUUGAGGUUAUGGGUGGUUAAAUCAGUUAUGUAACAAUUAUUUUAAUUUGG